UUCAAACAAUAGGGAUGUAAGUUCAAUGGUAUACACGACGAUAGAAAGAGGCGGCAGUUCGAAACCAUAUAAGCGGCUCUUCCAGUGUUAUAUAAACGCAUCUAUAAACAAAAUUAAAUCUUAGGUUUCUUUGUUUCUUCUUCUUCUUCUUCUUCUUCUUCAAUGGUUGCACCAAUCAUAGCCCAGGCGUGGCAGGCGUUCAAGGCCAGACCACCAACAGCCAGGUUACAAAGAUUUUAUGUAGGUGGUUUUCAACCUACCAUGACAAAGAGGGAAGCAGGAAUCAGGAAAAGUACUCCAGCAAUUAAGGAUGUAAAAGGAGCCCCAAAAAAACUGACUUCACAUGUAGGAAAGACUGCUGGUAGGAAUUCUGCAGGGCGUAUUACGAUUUUUCACCGAGGAGGUGGAGCAAAGCGAUUGUAUCGAAGAAUUGAUAUGAAACGAAGCACUUCAUCUAUGGGCGUCAUAGAAAGGAUAGAGUAUGAUCCAAAUCGGUCCUCUCGGAUUGCUCUAGUACGAUGGGUUGAGGGCGCACACCUACGCUUCCAAAAGAAAUGCAAGGCAGUUGAGGAGGAGUUUGUUCCACCACCAAAGGUUCUUGAACCCACUACAACCACUCCUUGUGGUCUGUUUUCAUUGGCUUCCCUGUCUAUGGAAGUGGAUCAAAGAAAGAUAGCUUGCUCCCCUUCUGGACUGGCAGCAGCUUAUGCAGUUGUUGGUCUUCAAACUGGAAUGCCUCCUGGGUCAAAGACUAUUAAGGGUGCAGAAAGCAAAAAAACUUGUGUGAGGGAUGUCUUCUUGUCUGCCUUCUCCACUUCAAGGGCCAAAAGAGAGACUGCACCCUUUGCCCUCAGUGGUUCUCUUAAUGUUCCGAGGAUAGCAGUGGCUGGGGCAAAGCCCUCCUUUUUUGCCCCUCAAAUAGGAGAGAAAGAUGCAGGAAAAAGCACAUUCUCUCUUAGUGAGAUCCAGAAAUUGAACCCCCAGAGCGUCCUCUGGGCCAAUAGGAGUAAACGUAAAGCAGCAGUUUCUUGGCAGAGUUUUAGGUGGCAAGACGCUUUGGGGUUUGUUGGAGACGCCAACUGCAAUAAAUCUAAGCCUGAAACUGAUAAUGUUAGCUUUUCUGAAGGUGAUGCAUGUAAAACCAUCUAGCUAAAGGAAGUAAUCAGUACCUUGCUUUAGAAGAAAACCAAAGGUGGUCAGUCUUUAUUUUUGAUGCCAGACUUCGAUCCGUGCAGCAGGGCCAUUCUGCAACAGUAAUGAGGUUAAGUUAGAUUUAGGAGUAAUAUGCUUCAAAGAGCACCUGCAAUAAUAAUCCAAAAGAAGCGACUUGGUUAAAUUGGUUUUCCAGUGGCUGAUUAGAAAAUAUUUUAUGUUUUUGCUUAUGAACGUGUUCUUUUGCGAGAAAUAACUCGGUUACUUGACUCGGGCUUUUGGAUGUCAAGUAGAGGUGACAUGAAAUUUGAUUUUAUAAGGGUUAUUCCUUGUGGUAUUACCUCAGGUUCCUUUCUUCCUCAGUUCUUCUAACAUCUCUGUUUGUUCUAAGAUUAUGGCGCCUAGGAUACUCCUACAACAUUGGUAAUAUUAUUUAUUUCUCCAUUGACAGGAUAUGGAACCUUCUGUUGCAGUAUUUAUUCGUGUAUUCAUACUUUUCUAUGGGUGCAUUGUACAGUUCAUCAGUACAAGAAUUUUCUCCCUUUGACAAAUCUUGGAUUGAAUGACAAGUAGCUUUCUUGUGGUUAA